AUGGACAGGCUGUUAGCCUUCAGCAGUGAUGAGGAGAGGGAUGAAGAGGUCUGCAUCAGCUGGUGCUGUCAGUCAGGCAGCGAGCAUGCACUCGUCGAAUGCGGUGACAUCAUUGGGAAGCUGAACUCGCGCCCAGGCCCCCGGGGAAGGCAGAGGGGAUGGCUGAGAGGGCCCACUGACGCCCAAAGCGAUGCCCGCUCCUUCCUGACUGAGGAGAUGAUUGCAGAAUUCAAGGCUGCUUUCGACAUGUUCGACACCGAUGGUGGCGGUGACAUCAGCACCAAGGAGUUGGGCCAGGUGAUGAGAAUGCUGGGCCAAAACCCGUCAAGGGAGGAGUUGGAUGCCAUCAUUGAGGAGGUGGAUGAGGACGGCAGCGGUACCAUUGACUUCGAGGAGUUCUUGGUCAUGAUGGUGCAACAGUUAAAGGAGGACCAGGCCGGAAAGAGUGAAGAAGAACUUUCGGAAUGCUUCCGUAUUUUUGACAAAAACGGAGACGGUUUCAUCGACCGGGAGGAGUUUGGAGACAUUCUCCAUCUCACGGGAGAACCAGUCGUAGAAGAAGAUAUUGAUGAGCUGUUUGGGGAAUCUGACAAUAACAAGGACGGAAAAAUUGAUUUUGAUGAAUUUCUGAAGAUGAUGGAGAACGUCCAGUAA